UUGAGACAGAGUCUCUCUCUGUCGCCCAGGCUGGAGUGUCGUGGCGCAAUCUCGGCUCACUGCAAUCUCCGCCUCCCGAGUCAAGCAAUUCUCCUACCUCAGCCUCCUAAGUAGCUGGGAUUACAGGCGUGUGCCACCACGCCCAGCUAAUUUUUGUAUUUUUAGCAGAGACAGGGUUUCACCACAUUGGUCAGGCUGGUCUCAAGCUCCUGACCACGUGAGCCACCGCGCCUGGUGUAAUUUUGUAUCUUAACCAACCUCUCCCUAUCCUCCCCUCUCCCAUGCAUUCCAGUCUCUAAUAACCACAAUUCUACUCUAUACUUCCAUUCACUCAAUUUUUUUCUUAGCGCCCACAUGUGAAUGAGAACAUGCAAUAUUUGUCUUUUUGUUCCUGACUUAAGGUUCUCCAGGCUCAUCUGUGUUGCCACACAGGAUAUGAUUCCAUUCUUUUUUAUGGCUAAAUAGUAUUCCUAUACAUGUAUACCACAUGUUCUUUAUCAGUUUGUAUGUUGAUAGACAGUUACAUUGAUUCCCUAUCUUGGCUAUUGUGAAUAGUGCUAUAUUAAACAUGGGUGCAGAUAUUCCUUUGACACACACAUUUCCUUUCUUUUGGACAAAUAGUAGUGGGAUUGCUGAAUCACAUGCUAGUUUUAUUUUUAGUUUUUGAGAAACCUCCAUAAAGGUUUUCCAUAAAGGCUGUACUAACUUACAUUCCCACAGUGUAUAAGAAUUUCCUUUACUCCACAUCCUUACCAGCAUUGGUUUUUGUUUGUUUGUUUUUUGAGACAGAGUCUCACCGUGUCAUCCAGGCUGGAGCAUAGUGCCAUGAUCUCACCUCACUGCAACCUCUGCCUCCUGGGUUCAAGUGAUUCUCAUGCCUCAGCCUCCUGAGUAGCUGGGACUACAGGAUAGAAGUGGAAUUACUGGGCAAAGGGCAUUCAGAUUUGGGAGAAGUAGCCCCAGAAAUAAAAGCAUCAGAGAGACGAACAGCUGUGGCCAUUGCAGAUUUGGAAUGGAGAGAAAUGGAAGGAGAUGAUUGCGAGUUCCGUUAUGGAGAUGGUACAAAUGAGGCUCAGGACAAUGAUUUUCCAACAGUGGAGAGAAGCAGGCUUCAAGAAAUGCUGUCACUUUUGGGCCUAGAGACGUACCAGGUCCAGAAACUCAGCCUCCAGGACUCUCUGCAGAUCAGUUUUGACAGUAUGAAGAACUGGGCCCCUCAGGUUCCCAAAGACUUGCCCUGGAAUUUCCUCAGGAAGUUGCAGGCCCUCAAUGCUGAUGCCAGGAAUACCACUAUGGUGCUGGACGUGCUCCCAGACGCCAGGCCUGUGGAGAAGGAGAGCCAGAUGGAAGAGGAGAUCAUCUACUGGGACCCAGCUGAUGACCUUGCUGCCGACAUUUAUUCCUUUUCUGAGCUGCCCACCCCUGAUACGCCAGUGAACCCCUUAGACCUUCUCUGUGCCCUGCUGCUCUCCUCAGACAGUUUCCUGCAACAAGAAAUAGCGUUGAAAAUGGCCCUCUGCCAGUUUGCACUCCCACUCGUGUUGCCUGACUCGGAGAACCACUACCAUACAUUUCUGCUGUGGGCCAUGCGGGGCAUUGUGAGGACAUGGUGGUCCCAGCCCCCAAGGGGCAUGGGGAGCUUCCGGGAAGACAGCGUGGUCUUGUCCAGGGCGCCCGCCUUCGCCUUCGUGCGCAUGGACGUCAGUAGCAACUCCAAGUCCCAGCUUCUCAACGCCGUCCUCAGCCCGGGCCACAGGCAGUGGGACUGCUUCUGGCAUCGGGACCUCAACUUGGGCACCAAUGCCCGGGAGAUUUCGGAUGGGUUGGUAGAAAUUUCCUGGUUUUUUCCCAGCGGAAGGGAGGACUUGGACAUUUUCCCAGAACCUGUGGCCUUUCUGAACCUGAGAGGUGACAUCGGGUCUCACUGGCUGCAGUUUAAGCUCUUGACAGAAAUCUCCUCCGCUGUGUUUAUAUUGACUGACAAUAUCAGUAAGAAGGAAUACAAAUUGCUGUACUCCAUGAAGGAGUCAACCACAAAAUACUACUUCAUCCUGAGUCCCUACCGUGGGAAGCGCAACACAAACCUGAGAUUUCUGAAUAAGUUAAUUCCUGUGCUGAAAAUAGACCACUCGCAUGUCCUGGUAAAGGUCAGCAGCACUGACAGCGACAGCUUCGUGAAGAGGAUCCGGGCCAUCGUUGGGAAUGUGCUGCGGGCACCCUGCAGGCGGGUAUCUGUGGAGGACAUGGCGCACGCAGCCCGCAAACUGGGCCUAAAGGUCGACGAGGACUGUGAGGAGUGUCAGAAAGCGAAAGACCGGAUGGAGAGGAUUACCAGGAAAAUCAAAGACUCGGAUGCCUACAGAAGGGACGAGCUGAGGCUGCAGGGGGACCCCUGGAGAAAGGCAGCCCAAGUGGAGAAGGAGUUCUGCCAGCUCCAGUGGGCCGUGGACCCCCCUGAGAAGCACAGGGCUGAGCUGAGGCGGCGGCUGCUAGAACUUCGAAUGCAGCAGAACGGCCAUGAUCCCUCCUCGGGGGUGCAGGAGUUCAUCUCGGGGAUCAGCAGCCCCUCCUUGAGUGAGAAGCAGUACUUCCUGAGGUGGAUGGAGUGGGGCCUGGCACGGGUGGCCCAGCCGCGACUGAGACAGCCUCCGGAGACGCUUCUAACCCUGAGACCAAAGCACGGGGGCACCACAGACGUGGGGGAGCCGCUCUGGCCUGAGCCCCUAGGGGUGGAACACUUCUUGCGGGAGAUGGGACAGUUUUAUGAGGCUGAGAGCUGUCUUGUGGAGGCAGGGAGGCUGCCGGCAGGCCAGAGGCGUUUUGCCCACUUCCCAGGCUUGGCCUCGGAGCUGCUGCUGACAGGGCUGCCUCUGGAGCUAAUCGAUGGGAGCACGCUGAGCAUGCCCGUCCGCUGGGUCACAGGGCUCCUGAAGGAGCUGCACGUCCGACUGGAGAGACGGUCAAGGCUGGUGGUUCUGUCAACCGUCGGGGUGCCAGGCACGGGCAAGUCCACACUCCUCAACACCAUGUUUGGGCUGCGGUUUGCCACAGGGAAGAGCUGCGGUCCUCGAGGGGCCUUCAUGCAGCUCAUCACAGUGGCUGAGGGCUUCAGCCAGGACCUGGGCUGUGACCACAUCCUGGUGAUAGACUCCGGGGGCUUGAUAGGUGGGGCCUUGACGUCAGCUGGGGACAGGUUUGAGCUGGAGGCUUCCUUGGCCACUCUGCUCAUGGGACUGAGCAAUGUCACCGUGAUCAGUCUAGCUGAAACCAAGGACAUUCCAGCAGCUAUUCUGCAUGCAUUUCUGAGGUUAGAAAAAACGGGGCACAUGCCCAACUACCAGUUUGUAUACCAGAACCUUCAUGAUGUAUCUGUUCCCGGCCCUAGGCCCAGAGACAAGAGACAGCUCCUGGAUCCACCUGGUGACCUGAGCAGGGCUGCAGCCCAGAUGGAGAAACAGGGCGACGGCUUCCGGGCACUGGCAGGCCUGGCCUUCUGCGACCCUGAGAAGCAGCACAUCUGGCACAUCCCAGGCCUGUGGCACGGAGCACCUCCCAUGGCCGCAGUGAGCUUGGCCUACAGUGAAGCCAUAUUUGAAUUGAAGAGAUGCCUACUUGAAAACAUCAGGAACGGCUUGUCGAACCAAAACAAAAACAUCCAGCAGCUCAUUGAGCUGGUGAGACGGCUGUGAGUGUGCAGAGAAACCCAGUUCAGGUGUAGGAGGCUGCUGUGGGCAGCCCUGUCUGAUGGGGCACCCGUGUGGGGCUGUGCUCUGGUGCCUGAGAAUGGCUGGUGCCCAAUCGACGUGAGAAGACGAGCAAAAGACAGAGGGUUUGGAGUCUCCUCAACAGUGUUAAAAGAGGAAGUGACCUCACAGACCAGCUCAGAGAUGUUACCAGGAAUAUCACAGCCCCCAGGGUAGGGAGACAAGCAGCAGUUUGUUCUGUCUCAGCUCCUGUCAAGGAUCCUGCGGGGUGGGCCCUCUGUAUAGCUGCUCUCUGUCACUGGCCCCUGGAGUGGGAGCAGUGUCCUUAGUCACUGCAGGCCCAGGCGGGCAGGUGGUCCCAGGACAGAGGUGGGGAAGUUGUCCUGAGGAAGCAGAAGUAGGCCUUGCUCCCGCCCAACCCAAGGGCCUCCAGUGGACCAGCAUUCGAGAUGUGAGUGCCCGUGGUGUGCAAGGCACUCCCAUGGCACCGUAUUUAUUGACUGAUCUGUGAAGGCUUCCCUGACCCCUGCCCAGGAAGAGUUCACUGGUCGCUCUGUUGUGCCCCACAGCACUUUGUUAUACCUCUGCCACACACUUCACGCAGCGUGUUGUAACUCAUGUGUUUACAUGUCUGUCCCCCCAGGCUGUGAGCUCCUUGAGGGCAGGGACUGUACAUUCUCCAGCUCUGUGUCCCCAGGGCCUGGCACAUUGUAGACGCUUAAUAAAUGUCUGUUAAAUGAA